AAAACAUUGUUAGUAAGCCAAAUAGUAAGUAGACAUUCGUGAAUGUAAACAGACGCAUCUUAUUAUGCGUGUUUAUCAACGUGAACGCAACAUUCUCUGCGAAAAAAGGUCAAAUAGAGCUUUUUGUUGAUUUUAAAGCCUCGUUAUAUUUUCAUUAGUGUUCAAUGUUCAAAAUCCAACUUCCUUCAAAAUCAAACUGAUCAUAUUUAUGACAUUUUGGAAAUUUGGAAAUUCAUCGAAAUAGAAAAAAAAAAAAAAAACAACAACAGCAACAACAGUCAACUGAAACGAGCAAUGAUGGAAUUUUUUUUUCUUCGAAACCUCCUUAAACAAUUUUUGUGAUUUGAAAUGAAUUAUUUAUUAAGGAAACAAAAUCAGUGAAUUGAAAACGUGAAAUACAAUCAGUGAAACACGAUCAAACAGUGAAUUGAGAACACUAAGCGUAUCUGAAUUUGCGCUUCAUAUCCAAAGGAGAGAAAAAAAAGAAGAAAAUAAAAAUAUCUGAGCCAAGAGGAAAAAAAAAAACUAAAGUGGAUAAAAGCAAUAGAAACAGUUUGAAGAAAGAAUAGUUCGCAACCAAGAACUGAUCAACCGAAUUGAAAUUGUUGCAUUUGGUGUGAUGUGUGAGAACUUUAUGUUUUAAUUUUCGACAGCAUAUUGUGAUUGAAUGUUAAGUUAAUAAAUCAGUGAAAAAUCGAACAAUAAUGCAAAAAUUGUACUCAGAAUCACCAACAGCGUCAAAUAUGUCGAAUGGUAAUGGUAGUAACGGCGGCUCAGGAAACAUGAGUCCAAUGAACAGUGCUUACAAUAUGAAUCAAAUGCCGAUGUCGGGCAUGGCGUCGGUCUCACCACAAGGCUCGGGAAACAACGGCAGUAGUGGAUUCGGAAAUAGUGUUCUAAAUUCAAACGGAAUGGGACCGCUUGGUUCGUCCAUUAACUCGAUAAAUGGUAACUGCAUGACAUCGAGCGCAAUGUCCUAUGGUGCAAUGAGUUCGCCACUCAGUAAUAUGGGAUCAUGUAAUAUGGGAAUCGGAAGUAUGGCUGCCACAAUGAGCAGCUACACAGGCGUUGGUAGUUUGAAUUCAGCUCGUGACUUAGGCGACGGCGGAUCACCCAAUUCAGGCGUGUUACAGCGUGCAAGAGUCGAAAAACCAUCAACAUACCGACGCAGUUACACGCACGCAAAACCGCCAUAUUCAUACAUCUCACUAAUUACAAUGGCAAUUCAACAUAAUUCGUCUAGAAUGCUCACACUCUCCGAAAUCUAUCAAUUCAUUAUGGAUCUGUUCCCAUUCUAUCGGCAGAAUCAGCAGCGAUGGCAAAACUCAAUACGUCAUUCGCUUAGUUUUAACGAUUGUUUUGUGAAAGUGCCUCGCACACCCGACAAGCCAGGAAAGGGUUCAUUUUGGACCUUGCAUCCAGAUUCGGGAAAUAUGUUCGAGAACGGUUGCUACCUGAGGAGACAGAAGCGAUUCAAAGACGAAAAGAAGGAACAAGUACGUUCAUCGCACAAGAGCCCAUCGCACAGUAUCGAAGCGACAAGUCCUGGUAGCAAAAAAGAUAUGUCACAUCACGACGAACAUCAUCAUCAUCACACUCACAGUCAUCACACACAUCAUCAUCAUAAUCGUGAACAUAAAGGCGGUUUGAAUCACACAGCCGAAUCACACCUAGCCAAUAUGAUAAGCGGUGCAGCCACAGCAGCAGCAGCUGGCCUGAAUAUUCAUGGUAAAGAUGCUGAAGCGCUGGCAAUGUUACAUGCAAAUGCCGAAUUGUGCUUGAGUCAACAAUCGCAUGUACAACACCAUGGCGGUCCCGUCGGAGGUGGCAACAGCGUUCAUCAUCAACUCCAGCAAGAAGAAUUGACCGCCAUGGUAAAUCGUUGCCAUCCGAAUUUACUAAGUGAAUACCAUCCAAUGCACCAUUUGAAACAAGAACCAAGCGGCUACACGCCCUCCACUCAUCCAUUCUCAAUAACCCGAUUGUUGCCCACGGAAUCAAAAGCGGAUAUUAAAAUGUACGACAUGAGCCAGUACGCCGGCUACAAUACACUCAGCCCGUUGCCCACAUCACAUGCAGCCUUAGCCCAAGAUUCGUACUAUCCCAGUUUAAGCUAUCAUUCGACAUCAGGUGCAACCAGCUUGUGACAUCAGUAUCAACUAUCGUAAGCUUUUUGAGAUGGGGAUACAUUCUUUACCGAUGCAAACCGGCAGCUCCAAUAGUUUGGAGGCAGUCUCUGCGAUUGCUGGUAAUUUUGAUGAAGGUAACCCAAACAAAAACAAAGCGAAACAAAACUCUAGCGAAUAUAGAUCGUUUCUCAUUAAGCGCGUGUAAUUUUGAAUAGAUUUUAAAAUGCAUAUAUGAAACAAUUUCAUUGACAUAAUUUGUUUAAUUAUUACUAACAUUUAAUUUUUUGACACAUACAUGCAAAGAACACAAAAAAUGCUAGUUGCAAAUCGUUAUCUAGUGAGCGACAAUGUCACUCUCAAUCAACUCAUACGCAUACAAAUUUAAUCGAUCUGAAUGGAUAAGAAAAGCGACCUUCGCCAUAUAUAUCUCUCUUUAAUUCUCUCUCUCUCUCUCUCUCUCUCUCUCUCUCUCUCUUUCUCGCUCUAUAUAUCUAUGUCUUGCACAUCAAAUUAGACGUACACAAUAAAAAAAAGCACAUUCAAUUUUCCCUUUGGGACUAACGGAGGUUUUUAUCAUUUAUUGCAUUCACACGUAUCCUUUAUCCGUUCAGGCAUUUGUUAUAAUAGAAAUUUUCUUCUCUUGAAAAAAAAUUAAAAUACAUUAUACUUUAUGACAUUUCAGUGUAGCAUGUUAUUUCCUCUUAGGGCUUUGUUUCAUAUUAUUUUCCGAUUUUUGUUUUCAAUUUUCAAAACAAAAAUUUUCAAAAAAAAAAACUAUUACAUUCAUACUGAACGAAAUACUGAGUAUUGUGGUAAUAAUUUUUUUUUUCGCUUUUAGAUUUUGUAUUACGUUUCAUUUAUCGGUUUAUUGGAACAUCAAAUUAAAUCAGAAACAUACAAAAUAAAUGUAGAUUGUAAAUAUUCAACCAAUUUAAUGUCAAAUUAAGUUUUCUGUUUGAGAGAUAGAUAGAGAGAGAGAGAGAGAGAGAGAGAGAGAGAGAGCCAGACCCAGAGAGAAAGGAGAAAAAACUUGUAAAGCAAUAUGCAAUGUUUUGUGGAUUCAUUGAAGAGAUAGGCAUUUAAGAAAUGGCAAAAAUCGAUGUGAAAAACCAAUUCACUCGCAAAUAAAAUCAUGUUCUCGUAAUGAUCAAUUUCAUAAAUACCAAAUUCGAUUUCGUAACAUUAAUCGUGUUGACAUUUCCGUCUCGUAUAGUUUCAUCCACUUUUUUAAUUUUUAGUAGACAUUUAAUACAAUUUCUUAUUAAUGAUCAAACCAUUUUACUCUAUGACUGGAAAACUAUGUGAAAGUUAGAAGAAAAAGCGAUAGUUUUCAGUUUGAUUGAUACAAUCGGGACGGAUGGAAAUUCGGCUGAGUUUAUAAAAGAAAAAAAAAAUUACGUAGGUCUACAACUAUUCCUUGAAUAAGAGUAAGAACGUUUGAAAUACCAUAAAAGAUUUAAUUAAAUAAUAUAAAAUCAUUUGUAAUUAGAUUUUUCUCAUUACAUAAAUUUAUCUUCAAAACAAAACACUAACAAAAAAAAGUGAAUAAAAAUUGAUGCAUAUUUGACUAAUAAGUAAUAGUGAGCGAAUAAGCACAAACACACACAACAUUCAAGAAAACUUAAAGCCAUGCAAUAAAUACAAUCACAUAAUAAUGAAAUUAAUUAUUUGUGUUUUGCAUUUGGCUGAAUGAAACAAUCAUAUGCCGAGACGAAAUUUAAUACUAAGCAACUAAAUACACUUAGUACACUCACACACCAAAUAGUCCACACAAACGUAAUAUUAAGGUAAACUGGAAGAAAGUAAAAAAAAAACCACACACACACACACACACACACACACACACACACACAAAACCAACAUUUGACAGACAGACAAAUAAUGGCAUCGAUUGCUUUGAUCUAUUCGGUUUUUAUUCGGUUCAUCGUCGUAGUUACGCCGUUGCUGCCCCAUCAUCUAAACUGUAACAGAAAAUUUAUUGAGAAUUAUCUAAGAAAUCUAAAGUAAAAUAAAUUUAAUUGUACUAUUAUUAAUAUAUCGUUAUGAUAUGUAAAAAACGCACAGAGAAAAUAUGAACGUAUGUGUAAUAAACUAUGAUAGAAACCCUAUCUAUCAAAAAUCCAAAAAGAGAAACAAAAAAAACGAAUACUAUAUUUAGCUGCAGGAAACACACACACACACACACACACAUAUAUUAAAUGGAAAUUAUUUUAUCAAGUCGAUAUUAUUAACGGAAAAUGUGAGACAAAUUAAGGAAAUUUAGAAUUAUGUGUAAUUUCUAACGCUAAAUUUUAAAAUGAAAAUCUGAAUGAAAACGAAAAAAAAGUGCAGCUCACGCUGAAGUAAAUAUUGCAACAAUAACAAAAAAUUAAACAAAAAAUAUAAGUUCACACACAGAGACAUCCAAUCAUGAAAAAUUUAAAGAAAGCAUAUUCUACACAUUCCAACUGAUAAUUUUUAGGUAGGCUUUAUUAUUAAUUAUAAUGAUAUAUAUUGUAUAUUACAUAAAAGUAAUUUUAAAAUUAAAAGCCUAAAAAAAUUAAAAAAAAAAAAAAA